AAAAUGGAAACAGCUGCAGAAUUGGAUGAAGCAAGUCUGAGAGGCCAAGCAGAUGUAUGGAAGUACAUGCUCGGCUUUGCUGAUUCCAUGGCUUUGAGAUCUGCUGUGGAGCUCCGCAUACCAGAUAUCAUACACUCUCAUGGUCGUGCAUUGACGUUGUCUGAAAUAGCCUCGUCCUUCGACUCUGCAUCACCCUCUCCCGAUAUCUCAUGCCUCGCUCGCAUCAUGCGGUUGCUGGUCCGCCGGAACAUCUUCACCGCACACCAUGACGGUGAAGAUUCUGAGAAAACCGGCCUCUACGGGUUGACUCACUCGUCUAGAUGGCUCUUGCACGACUCAGAGCUCACUCUAGCUCCGAUGGUUCUCAUGGAGACCAAUCCUACUCUAAUGGCUCCAUGGCACUGUUUCAGCCAGUGUGUCAAGCAACGCGGCCCAUGCGCCUUUAAGAGGGCGCAUGGGCGCGACAUUUGGCAAUUCUUUUCUGAAAAUCUCAAGUUCAACCGAUUGUUCAACGAUGGCAUGGCGUGUACAGCUAAGAUUACAAUGAAAGCGAUACUUGCCGGAUAUAAGGGUGGGUUUGAGGACGUGGCAACACUGGUGGAUGUUGGUGGUGGGACUGGAAGCGCAGUGGCGGAGAUUGUGAAGGCGUAUCCCAGCAUUAAGGGCAUCAACUUUGAUCUACCACAUGUAGUUGCAACAGCGCCGGUGUACCAUGGGGUGUCACAUGUUGGAGGUGACAUGUUUGAUGAGGGCAGUAUUCCAAACGCAGAUGCAAUUUUCAUGAAGCGGGUUAUGCACGACUGGAGCGACAGCGAUUGCGUCAAGAUAUUGAAGAACUGCCGGAAUGUGAUACCGGAGAGAACUGGCAAGGUGAUAAUUGUGGACGUUAUCCUUGAGCCAAAUGGUGUUGGCAUGUUUGAUCUGCUAAUGAUUGCACACACCUCAGGUGGAAAGGAGAGGACUGAGAGUGAAUGGACGAAGAUGUUGGAACAAGCAGGCUUCCCUCGCCUCAAAAUCAUAAAAAUUCCAGCUUUGAUGCUCAUUAUUGAGGCAUACCCUGUGUGAAAUUAUAGCUAGUUUUAAUAAAUUUGUGGUUAUGUUUAGAGUCUAUGCUUAAGAUCAAUUAAGCAAUUGAUUAAUAAAAAAACUUAUCUAUGCAUUUAUGAUAGUUUCGCAGGAUUGUUCCAGCGGGCGGAUCAGGUUCAUAUUGUUGUACUUAUUCUCAAGUUAUGAUCAAUAAAAUAUUAACGUCUUUGGAUAAAAAUG